AUGAGCAAUGGGCAAGGAGGUUACAACAAAGGAUACUAUAAUUACAAGUCCAACCCUGCCAUGUCAUACCGCAACACUGAUGUUGCUAACCCUCAGGACCAAGUCUAUCCUCAACAACAAGCAGCUCGAUCGAGUCAAGCCCCACAACAUGGGUAUGGUCAAAACAAUUACCAAGGACCCCAAGAUGACGAUAUUGUUGCUACUGAGGCUCCUACUGUGGCCUUUCACACUUCACCAGUUGAGCUCACAGACCAAGCUCGAUCGGCUGCUCGAUCGACUCGAACUCUAGCUCGAUCGAGUCAGACUUCAUCAGUCCUCAAGCCGAUUUUGCUUGAUCCUUACCAGCCAGUUGAUACAUCAUCCGACCGCCUACUCAGUCAAAGCCAUAAGGAAGUGAUUCACAAGUUCAGGAAAGACCUAAGUGAGAUUGGAGUUGAGUUGCUUCUAUGGAAAGCAUGA